UUAGUCUAGAAUGAGACAGCCGAGGGUGAGCACCUGAGUUUUCACACACUAAAGGUGCCGCAGGGAAGAACGCACUCCGGGGAUAACAUCAACCGAGGCAGCGGGAUAGCGACAACAACCACCAUGUACAAGACCAGUUACCUGCGUGAGGUGCGCAAGGAGAAGUAUGAGCGUUCUGAUGUCUUCGAAGAGCCCUACGGCCCUGAUGCAUCGGCAGGCACCUCAGCCAUCCAGGGCUGGGAGAGCCUGCAGGAGCUCAACAGCCGCUUCGCCCGCUAUAUUAAUCGGGCACGCGUGCUGGAGCAGCGCAAUUCCGUGUUCCGCAAGCAGCUAGAGACGCUGCAGCGGAUGGAAGAGGCCAGUGGGCUUGAGGAGGCCUUUACUGAACAGAUUGGCCUGAACCGGAGGCGCAUCUGCGAGCUCUCUGCCGACCGUGCCAAACUUGAGCGCCAGCUGAAGGACGCAUGCCGCAUGCUGGACGAGUUCACCAACAAAUACAGAAAUGAGUGUGAGUAUCAAGAACAGCUGCGGGGUACAUUGGAACAACUCAACAGGGAGGCUGACCAUAACCUGCUCAGGAACCUGGAGUUUCAGAUCCAGACUCAGUUUCUUCAGGAUGACAUCAACUCCACCAAAGACAGACACAGAAAGAACCUGUCAGAGAUCCAGACCUACGUGAAUAUCCUGCACCAGAUCAACCAGACGAUACACCUGGUGCCAAAUAUGGCUGUGGGCACCUCUGAGGAGCAGGAGAAGCAGCUAGCCCAGAGGAGAGUUCCAGCCCUGCAGAGUCAGCUGGAGGAGUAUAAGAGCGCCCUCUGUCAGCUCCAAGCACAGAAGCAGCAUCUGCAGUACGAGACGUCAGUGUUGGAGAGUUCCAUCAUGAGCACCCAGGAGGGCUAUGACGAUGAGAUCCAGCUGUACAAUGAGCAGAUUGAGUCUCUGAGGAAGGACAUCGAGGAAGCCGAGAGAUCCCUGGACAAAUACACAAAUGAGUGCCGCCACCUGGCCAUGUACCAGACCUCGCUGGAGAAUGAGCUGGAGAGGUACAAGAGGAUCAUUGAGAACGAGGACAACAGGUUGAAUUCAGCAAUAAUUGGGACUCCCAUUACCUUGUUCACCACCAAUUACCGCUACACCCACACACCCACUGUGUCGAGCAGGGGCAGAGACAUCACGCAAGCCAUCCAGGACAUCACCAGUAUCAAGCCUCGCCAGAAGAACCUGACCAAGAAGGUCCUGAAGAAGAAGGAGAUCAGCCCCAAAGAUGUGAUGGACAGUGGCCAGGAGGAGAGAGUCGGUGGAGCUGAACACAUGGAGGACGAGAAGCGAGGGGUGGCAGGGGAGGAAGGCGAGGUGAAGAGGGAGGAGCAGAGGUCCCUGUACACGCCCCAGGAUGUGCCAGACGGGGCUCAGAUCAGCAAAGCCUUCGACACGCUUUGUAACAUUGUCAGAGACCGAAUGAGGAAGUACAAGAAGCCAGAGCCAAUUGCUGACUUUUACACCAAGGGGCGCUAUGUGCUGGUGACAGGCGACGGCAGCUACCCCCACCCUCACUUCUACACCUCCAGCCCCUCCGCUGGACACGUCUUCGUCACCAUCCGCAACGGCAUGGUCUCUCCUUAUGACCCCUUUGGGCCUUACACCCCCUCCCCCAACCCCCCUCAUCCUCAGCCCAUGCCACCCCCUGGUCCCCUUACCCCCACCCAGCCCUCUGACGGAGAGGGGGGAAAAGGAGACGAUAAGGGAGGAAAAGGUGGUGGGAAGGGGAAAUCUAGGGGCGGAGACCCCGAGCCUAGGCCGAAGAACCCUACUCCCCCCCCACAGCCCAACCCUGCCCCCAAAGGUCCCAGCAAUCCCUCCGGACCCAAGGGGGGUAAAGACGACAGUCACCGCAGGGGCCCUCCUCCCAUGCCCUCCCCCCGCGGCACUAGCAGCAUGCCCCCUGACUCCAUGAGCUACGAGAAGGUGGAGAUGGUGGAGUCAGUGGAAAGGUUCUCCAACGACCGCAAGACCAAGGGCUAUGAGGAGACAGCCAUGGUGGUGGAGACCAUGAUCGAGAAGACCAGCAAAAAGAAGAACUGAGUCUGAGAUAAGGUCGACCUUUGCCAAAAUAUCUCACAAGUUUUGCCUCACCUUAGGCCAGCAAGAACAAACACUGAGCCAUUAUGUGACUCUGCUUAAGACACAUUCUAAAGACAUUGUUCCCACCCUAUAUGAAACCAACCUUAAAGAGACAGUUCUUCCUGAUACUGCUCCUCUAUUCGCUCACGCUUUCUGGCUUUGCGUUCAGCAAGUGUUAGCUGGUUCCAUAAUGCUGCUAUUGUUGUUUUCUACCUACGCCGUAACCUUACACAUUUAAUGUCUGAAAACAUGAAGUACGAACAUCAAAACUACAAGCCCCCUUGUCAUCUCAACCCCCAAAGUAGAGUAAACAUGGCUUGAUGUGUGAAAAAACCUCUAACAUUUUUAUAAAUUGAUGACAUGCUACUGCCCUCAUGGAUGUUUGCCACCCUUCCAAACCAAAGCUGCCCCCAAACCCAAGAGCUCAUUUGUUCAAUUGGAUGCCAUCAACUGCCCUCAACACAGACUUUCUGUGUAUAAAAUUGCUUUAAUAAUAAAAAAGAAU